AUGAUGAAAGAAACUAUUUGUGUACUUGAAGACAGAGCUUUUCAAGGAAAUAUUUCUUUUCGUUUAGAAGCAAUGGGUGGCAUUAAGGAAAUAGGCAAUUUUUGCUUUAAGAAUCACAGCGAUCAAUAUUUGACUACGUUGGAUCUGCCUUAUGGCCCGACUAAAAUCGGCUACGGCGCAUUUGAAAAUAUCACAACACUCACUUCUGUACAUCUCAAUGAUAUCACAAAACUUCCAUACAAGUGUUUUGCAGGAGAUAUUAAUUUAAUUGAAAUCACAUCGCCACUUGAGUCAGUUGAAGUCGAAGACUACGCUCUUUGGAAGUGCUGUAGUCUUGUAAGACACCCCAAGUUUGUUCCGGCUAAAGGAGCCAAAUUGUUGGACAAUUCCAUUGUUAAAUCGUGCAAUUUAAAACAUCUUGAAUUGCCUGAAAGUGUCGAUGAAAUCAAAAAUUGGUGUUAUAAAAAUUAUACAAUGCUGGAAUCUGUUAAAAUCAUCAACGAAAGUUGUUUGAUUGGAAAACAGUGUUUCAUGGGAUGCAGUAACAUCCAAAGUAUUCAAAUUGAAGAAAGUGUGGUGUUUGACAAACACCUCGUCUUUGCAAAUUUAUCAUCACUCACUUCUUUACAUCUUCCAACAACACUAACUAAAAUCAGAAAAUUUAUGUUCAAAAAUUGUCGAAAACUUGAAGAUGUUGUUAUGAGAAAAGGAAUACACAAAAUCUGUGAUUUGGCGUUUCAAAAUUGUGAAACAUUGAAGAUAAUUGAUAUCCCAAAAAGUGUCACAAAAGUAGGACCCUCGAGUUUCAAGGGGUGUAUUUCUUUACAUAAAAUUGGGUGUUUACAGUUGCUUCAUUUUUCAACAUCAAGUUUGUGUGGUGUUGAUGCAACAUUUAAUUAUUAUUAA